AUGGAAGUGGUCCAAGUGCAACCACGCGACUCGUAUCUCCACUAUAUCUAUGUCGGCACCAAAGACACCACGAUCUGCUGGUCAUUCACAACGAAGCGCAAGAGCAUUGCCUUUGGAUUGUAUCGACGUCUUGGUCCUGCUCGCUUGCCAUCGUCAUCGGAAUUCAUCUUUCAAGCCCAACAAGAGCAACAGCAACGCCGUAUUUCUGUGGCCGCUGAAACGUUUCCACACCAACAAGUGGUCGCACCAGCAACUGAACAACCAUCAUCACCACAGCAACAACAGCAUAAGCGAUCCAACAGCUUGAGCGAAUACCCUAAAUCAUCAGGGCUACAUCAUUUACUUCACAGCAAAAAGAUCACCAAUGGCACACAAAGCCGAGGCAACAAAGGAGCCAAAUCAUCGAUGGCAUCCAUCAAACUCAAGGAGCAAGAAGAUCUCAUUGAAGUGAUACCCAUUCAACAUUGCACAUCAGCCAAUAUCAAGGUGGAAGGCAAUUACACGGUCAAAGUGCCUGGCAACUAUAUCCUCGUAUUUGAUAACACAUUUUCACGCAACACACCAAAGAUACUCAGUUUCUCGGUUGCUUUGAUUGAUCCGAAUACCACUCAUCCUCGAUUGUCGUUUGAUGAUGAACCUCCCAAUUACAUCGUUUCAGGAUGGCUGUUGAAAAAGAAACGGAAAAAGCUACAAGGAUGGGCAAGACGAUGGUUUCAAUUAUCAGCAUCUGGGGUACUUUCCUAUUCGACCUCCCCUGCCAGUGUCACGCGAGGCUCCAUCCAGAUCCUUGUCGCUACCAUCUCCAUUAAUCCAUUGCAACGACUUAUCCACAUUGAUUCAGGCACCAUGCUUUAUCAUCUCAAGACGUUGAAUGCCGAGGAUCAAGCCAAAUGGACCAAUGCUUUACGUGAAUUUCGCAUGCUUCCUAACAGCAACAACAAUGAGGAGCAGCAACAGCAGUAUCCUCUUCAGCAUCCAACGGAUCCUUCUUCUUGCAUGCUGCCACCCACACCAACAUUUGAAAAGGAGGAUCAUGGUCUACGCCAUUAUUUGAAAGAGGGAUCUGAAACGACAACACAAUUAAUGGCUGACAUGGAAGCGUAUCUACAUCGCAUUGAUCAGCUGGUUGCUCAGCUUGGAUUAUCGACCGCACAUUUGGCACCAGAGAGGAAGCACAUUAUGGACAUCAUGGGUUAUCAAAAGGACCUUUGGCAUAAAGCAAUGCGUUAUUGUGAUGAGGAACAAGCAUCCUCGACAAAGCAACCCGAAACGCAUUUGACCUUGCCGCCACCACGACGCGAACUCAGUCCUUUUAUCCACCACAGCAACGCUUCUUGGAGAGGAUCCGCCAUAUCAGACCAGUACUUUGAUGCCGAAGAGAUCUUGUUGAGUGAUGAUGAUGAAGAGGAUGAAUCGCCUGUCGUGGUGGAUGAUACGGAUGAUGACGAUGAUGAAGAUUAUGAUGAUGAUGAUCAUCGUUUAUCACCCUUGGGGAUCAUGCAUCAAACAUGUCAACGCCGUCAAAUUCUUCCUUCACCCGUUGCAAGUGCCGAGAUAUCAGCAUUAUCAGUCAUUCGCAAAAACGUGGGCAAAGACCUAUCCACCAUUUCAAUGCCAAUCAGCAUGAACGAACCUUUGAGCCUGUUACAGAGAGCAUGUGAAGAAUUGGAAUACUCGGAACUCUUGGAUAAGGCUUCUACCAUGUCCAACUCCAUGGAUCGUCUUUUGCAUGUGGCUGUCUUUGCAGUCUCAGGCUAUGCUUCUUCACAACAUCGUGUGGGUCGUAAGCCUUUCAAUCCAAUGAUGAAUGAAACAUACGAGAAUAUCCGACCUGAUAAAGGCUUCCGUUUUAUUGCUGAAAAAGUAUCCCACAACCCUGUCAUCAUAGCGGCACAUGCUGAAUCGUCCAAUUACAAGUACUGGCAAUGUGUCAAGGUCCGAAGCAGGUUUUGGGGUAAAUCCAUGGAGUUGAUCAAUGAAGGGACCUUCCAUGUCACAUUGGCUGGGCAUGACGACCACAUUACCUAUUCAAAACCAUCGAGUUGGCUUCGCAACAUGAUCGCUGGCAACAAGUAUUUGGAGCAUGUGGGUGAAAUGAAAGUGGUCAAUCAUGCGACGGGUGAGCACGUGGUGGUGACUUUUCGGGAGAAUACGACGUCUACUGGCGGCUACUAUUUGUUUGGUGGCUCAUCAUCACGACCCUCCAACGAAGUCAUCAUGACCGCUUAUGAUGCUCAAGGCAAAAAGUGUCGUCGCGUGGUUGGGAAAUGGAAUGACAUGCUGGCUGAGGAGGUCAAUAUGGAUCCCCAACAUCUCUCAGUGCUAUGGACUGCCACACCACCUACCAUGAAUGAUCCAUCAAAGUACUAUGGAUUCACCCAGUUUGCCAUUGAACUCAAUGAAAUUACAUCCAUCGAACGAGAUAAAUUACCAAAGACCGAUUCACGGUUACGUCCCGAUUUGAGACUUUAUGAAAAAGGCCAUGUUGAGGAAGCGGAUCAAGAAAAAGUUCGUAUUGAACAAAAACAACGAGAACGGCGUCGUGAACUUGAAAUGGCUGGUGUGGAAUGGAAGCCAAGGUGGUUCAAGCUUGAGCAUGAUCCAUACGCUGAGACUCCUUUGACACCAUCUCAAGAAGGGAGAACAUGGCAAUUUGUUGGAGAGUAUUGGAAAGCAAGAGAAUCAGGACAAUGGCCUAAAGAUCAAUUUGACAUUUGGUGA